AUGGCCUGGACGUCAACCGCAUCCCGAGACUCACAGCUCAUCCGCCUCCUCCUCAUUUACUACACCACAUGGCGGCGCCCUCGCGAUGCAUGCACAUUCAACAAAUCACUGAUGAGCGACAGACCUCCGCCACCACGGGCACCUCUGCGUGGGCACUUCAGUUUCGCGGCGAAAAGCGCGCGCAAGACCGCCACUGUAGCGCGGCCAGACUUGGACACUGAUAACGACCAUGGCUUAGACGCGUCCGGAUCUAGGGGUGAAGAUGGUCGCAAUGUUGAUGGCGAGGAAGGCGUCGUGGCAGCAGGGUCGACUAGGUUUGCGAUAGAGUCCGCCAUGCCCUCGAGCUCUGCUCCGCCACGCAAAAGGGUGGCGGCGAAGACCACCGCUGUGAAGAACAAUGAGGAUGACGACGACGAUGGAGAGGAAAACGCGGUCGUGGUCCCACGAGUACGGUUUGCCACUCAGGCAGCUAGGAAGAGCGCGCCGAUUGUGUCCGACUCGCUGUUUACAGACGAGGAAGAUGGCGAAACGUCCGGAAGACCUGGAAAUGGCAACGAUAAUGGAGAACUGAGAGUGCCGUCUGCUAGUGCAACAGAGGUCGCGAGGAAGACAGUAGCAGGAUCAGGCACCGCUCGGAAACCCACAUUUUUUUAUGCGAAAAGAGCUGCGAUGAAGUCAGCAGCGCCGAGCAUGGACAUCGCCUCCGAUGAUGAUGAUGAGCAAGUUGCACCAGUACCCAGGGAUCAAAUGGCAAAGACGGGAGCGAGGAAGACCGUAUCUGGUUCCGUCAAUCCGCAACGUGCGACCAAAUCGAUGGUCAGACGCGUCGUGUUUGAUGUCCCGGAAGACGAUGGCGACUCCCAACCGGUCCGGGCUCAGCCAGGCGGUGCCGUUGCCGCGCCACAGCAGGCAAGCCAGGCUGCAGUCAAGUCCACAAUGCUUGCAAGCAAGAGUGCACGCAAGACAUCGGGUCCUCAUGGGCAUCCUACGCCCUCGAAUAAUGGUGCGCGAAGCGAAGGAAGACGAGCCUUUGGACAGCCACCAAACCCGCCUGACGCUGGUGUUCAACGUGCCUCCAAGACCAAUCAACUCCGUCCUCUGUUCACAUACAGUGUAUCAGCACUCAUUCCAAGCGAAGAUGCUCUCCCUUCCGCAGCCAGACGCAGGAAAAUGGCGCGGGAGAAUGAGUGGACGAUCGUUGUCCCAUCUGAUGAGCGGUACCACAGGAAGUUCGUCGGCGCGGAUAUGGUCCUCGCACGCGUCGGGGGUGGGCAAGACGAGCUGACGAACCCGGAGAUGUUCAACGCGGUAUUAGCAAAUCGCAAAGCCGCACGCAAGUUAGAGACACGCGAUGCUCUCACUGAAGAUGAAUCCUCGUCAUCUGACGAGUCGCCAAGCGAUACUUCCGAAUCAGAGUUGGCGUCCCAGCCUCGAACGUCAUCCUCGUCGUCCUCAGAAGAUGCCAAUGAGAGGUUCGCCGCUGACGCUGGUUCUGCGAUGCGACGCUCUUCAUCUCCAAAUCUUCCACUACAAAUAUCCCCGCAGACUGCCACUGCACCACCGGCCCCUCCAGAGGAGCUCAUGCUUGCACUAGAGCCACUUAUCCUAGGUCCCAUGCGUCUUCGGAGAGAGUGUACGCUCCCAUUCCUCCUGCGGAACGUACGCCAGGGGUUCGAGUUCAAGUGUAAAUUUCGCAAGGUAGACACAACAACAAAGGAGUUCCCUUCGCGGCCUGUGACUGUCGUCUACAAGCUUCUUGCACGAUCUGGAUCGGGCGUGGUCUGCGAGUGGAAAAUAGGGCUGCACGAGUGGAUCUGUCAGUUCUGCGAUAUACACGGACGCUUCGCGAAUCCGGAGAUGCUGGAGGCGCAUUAUAGGUGGGAUCAUGCGGAAGUCGGGGUGCGAUGGGACGUGCCGCAGAACGUCCUUUCGUUAACUAUUCCUCAAGAUGAACAGCCUCGAACUAGACCAAGUGCUACCUCUACCACCCACUUGUCACUUUCCUCGCACGGCGAGCCGAGGCAGACUCCGCCACUGGGCCAGAACGAUGUUCCAUUGCCAAUAUCAGCGCCUUCAAACCCCUCAAUAGUGCGACUGUCGCAGGCGCCAAUGAACACGAGACGCGCAAUGUCGCUAGCACCUAUGCCGUCCUUGAGGGUUGUCAAAGUGGAAGAGCAAGAAGGUGCAUCGGAAACGUUAUCAUCGGUGUCUACGGGUUCCCCAGAAACUAGAGCGACCCCCACCUCGAUAACUCUGACAUCACCCACGGCUACUAGAGCUACAUCCACUACGUUGUCGUCCAACGCACGCGACACCCUUUCACUUUCGUCGCACACGGAGUCUUCGGCGGUCACAGGGACAUUAUCCUCCUUCACUCUCUCAUCGGCCGAACCGGAAGACGAGAAGAAACCUAAAGCCGAAGAUCUCGCUCGGUCCUCUCGCAUCACCACGACCUCAUCGCAUAACCGCUUCUCCUCAACCUCAACAUUUUCCUCCCUGCCGUCCUCCCAACGCUCAACUCCAGGAGCCAAGGCUCCUCACGGCGGUCUGCGCCAUGCACUCCUGGGCCCUGCCGCAAAGUACCCUUAUCUCCCCGAGAAGAUCGACGGCCGGGCGUACUACUCGUGCCGCCCAGGCGGGCCGCGGCUGUACGACCUCCUCAACACGCUCUCACUCGAGCCGUACGGGAUCCUGUCGUGGUCGAUCAUCGACCGCGAGGAGGAGCUGUUCGAGAUGGACGACAUCAGGGACGAGGACAAGGUCAUGGCCGCGCUGUGGCUGCGGUGGGUGUUUCUCAACCGGAACCUCUUUAUCUCGAAUUAUCUCAAGGGUGUCAAGGACUUCGUGAAACUCAACUAUAAUAUGAUAUACCAAGCUGCGGGAUUGAGAGCGUUGAGGGUUUGGCUUUUGGGUCUUGCGAGCAACAAUUAUUUGACACUCAAAGACAUUGGGGUGGUGUUACGUUACUAUGACGAACUUCUGGGUCAGGACCUGGCUGCAAACUCGAUUACUAGUAGGAUGACAUAACUCACCGUUCAUUGUCGGUGUCGUAUGUUGUGGAAAUUGGAUUUCAGGAUCGCUACUUCGUGAUACAGCCGGGACUCAUCAUCUUAACCAACCAUCCUUCGGCACAACAACUAGGUCUUUGCACUACUCGACUGCUUGAAUGUCCCCACGUCCAAAUGUGC